CCGUCAGCCUGAGCCACCAAAGAAGGAGAAGGAGGCAACCACAAUUACCACCACCCAGUCGAAGAGAGCGGAUGAAUGGAAGGACCCAUGGCGCCGAUCCAAGUCCCCCAAAAAGAAACUCGGUGUCUCCGUCUCUCCCAGCCGUGCACGUAGGCGCAGAAAAACCUCUGCUUCUUCAGCUUCGGCUUCUGGCUCUUCAAGGUCCUCUUCUCGUUCAUCCACCUAUUCUGGUUCAGGUUCCUCGCGAUCUCGUUCCAGAUCAUCAUCAUACAGCUCUUACUCUAGUCGCUCUUCAAGACACAGCUCUUUCUCAGGCAGCAGGUCCAGAUCACGGUCCUUCUCAUCUUCACCCUCUCCUUCUCCAACACCGUCUCCGCACAAGCCGCUCGCAAAGGCGAAAGGGGAGCUGUUACCACCUGCUGGUAAAGGUGAAAAAGCUGUGAAGAAAUUAGCUGCCCUUCCAGUCCCUCAGCCACUCACUAAAAUUACAACAGCUGCACCGGAGCCAGCCAAACCAGGCGAUAAUCGAGAGGCAAGAAGGAAGGAACGUCAGACAAGGACUCCACCCAGAAGGCGGACUGUCAGCGGCAGCAUCAGCGGCAGUGCCAGCAGCUACAGUGGUUCCAGUUCCCGAUCUAGGUCCUUGUCUCGAUCUCUCUCCAGAUCUCAUUCCAGAUCGUCGUCUGCCUCAGUUUCCCACUCCCCGUCUGGGUCCAGGAAAUCCAGGUCCCUGAGCGUGAGCAGCGUUUCUUCUGUCUCUAGUGCCUCCUCUAGCAGCAGCUCUGUACGCAGCGCCGACUCCGAAGACAUGUACGCAGACUUGGCCAGUCCUGUUUCCUCAGCCAGCUCCCGAUCCCCAACCCCAGCGCAGCAGAAGAAAGGUAGAGGAAAGUCAAAAAAAGAAGACAGUGCUAAAGAGGAAAAGCGGAAACGGGAUGUGCCCGCUCAGCUCCUGAAAUCAGCCAAGCCCAGCCAGGGGAGUAAAUCCCAGCAGCUCCUCCAGACCCAGCAGCCCUCGGCCCCCCAGUCUCAGCAGGGGGGCUUCAGCGCGCACAAAGAGAUCAAACUGACGCUCUUGAAUAAGGCAGCUGACAAAGGAAGCAGGAAGAGAUACGAGCCGGCAGACAAAGACAGGCCGACCUCUCCUCCAGCCAAUUUUUUGCCGCAGGAGGGGGGGGGGCCAUCGGCCGUGCCGGGGACUCCUGGCCUGGCCGGGUUCCUGCUCUGCCGCUCGAGGCGGUGCCGGAGCUCUCGUGACAGGAAGGCGACCGGGAGACUCUCUUCACCCAAGCAGGAGCGGCAGAGGGGCCAGAACCCAAAACCUUCUCCUGCACAGACAGACAGGGGCAAGUCCAGCACCCUGUCGCGACGGGAGGAGCUCCUGAAGCAGCUCAAGGCGGUGGAAGAUGCCAUCGCUCGCAAGCGGGCCAAAAUCCCGGGGAAAGUAUAG